CAUGAGAGCCACCAGGCUCAUGUCUCCUUCUCGGAGAGAAGUGUUAGGAACAAAUCUUAUGGAGAAGACAACGAUGAGAAACUUGACGGAGCAGCCAAAGAGGCAAAGAAGAGGCUGAACGAACGGCUGAGAAUCCCGCGCAGAAGGCAAAAUGGUAAAGACAAAGGGAAUAAAUUGGAGCAAGGAAAAGAAAUGCUUCUUACACAAUCAAAACAAACCUAGCCACUACAAUGUCUAACCACGCGCCACAGCCUCCAAGACCUCUGAUGAAGCAACACUCAUGGUCACCGGACAUGAAUCGCGAAGAGGCUUGGCUGCGUAAGAAAAAGAAACGCCCACUUGAUCUCCUUCCUCGCAGCAAGAGUGUCACGAACGAUGAUAUCGAGGAGCUUAAAGGCUGCUUCGAGCUUGGGUUUGGGUUUGAAACAGAAUCUCCUGAUUUGAAUCCAAGGCUCUCCCUUACAAUACCCGCUCUCGAUUUGUAUUGCGCGGUUCAUAGACAGUACAGUAACCAUUUGUCUAGAACGUCUUCAUUCGCGUCGGAACAUGAAGUCAGCAACUCCAACAGCAUCACGACGAUCGUCGACAAAGGUGAUGACCGGAAGACGAUGAAGCAGAAGCUGAAACAAUGGGCUAAGGUGGUCGGGUUUUCGGUGCGGCACUCUUCCGGGAAACCCAAAUUGAUGUCAGAAGAAUGACAGUUUUGUAAUAUAAUGUUAACAAACUCUAAAAUGUUUA